AUGCAAACGAAUAUGAAUUGUUACAUCCUAAGGACAGUUACAGCUCUUGUGGCCUUCGCAAUCUUUGCUGCUUCCACUAGGCAACAGAAUGCUGUUUAUUUCCCUAAUUGGAGCAUCGGUCGUGCUUUCCACCCUGAAAUGCUACCAAUCUCUAAAAUAACGCACAUACUGUACGCAUUCGUCAACAUCAAACCAUCGGGAGAAGUAUUCUCCGCAGACACCUAUGCAGACCUGGAGAAGCAUUACCCAACUGAUUUGGCGGCACUGACUGUUACAUCAGCCUGGACAGCCACAGGUAGCAACGUCUACGGAUGUGUCAAGCAGCUUUUCCUCUUGAAAAAGGCAAAUCGCCAACUGAAGGUCAUCUUGAGCAUUGGCGGUGCGACCUGGUCGAGCCAAUUUGCCACUGUUGCUAGCGAUCAACAGAGCCGAGAGCUGUUUGCUGACUCUUCUGUGACGUUGAUGAAAGAUUGGGGAUUUGACGGUGUUGAUAUUGACUGGGAGUUUCCCCAGAACCGGGCGGAAGCCGCAGAUUAUGUUCUCUUGCUCCAAGCGGUGCGACGUCGCCUCGAUGCCUACGCUGCGGAGCAUGCUCCCUCCUAUCAUUUCCAACUCAGCAUCGCGUCGUCCGCCGGAAGUGAGAAAUAUGAAAGACUUGACCUUAAGUCCGUGUCGGAUAUCGUCGAUUGUGUGUAUCUAAUGGGAUACGACUACGCGGGGUCAUGGAGUGCUGUUACAGGACAUCAGGCGAAUCUUUACUCCAGCACUCUAGUAGCAGAGUCGACGCCCUUCUCGACAGAAGAUGCCGUAUCGGACUACUUAGCCGCUGGUGUGCCGAGUCACAAGAUCAUACUGGGCAUGCCAUUGUAUGGCCGAAGUUUCGACAACACCGCCGGCCUCGGACAUCCGUUUUCAGAGGUGGGGGCCGGAUCAUGGGAGGCUGGAGCGUGGGACUACAAGGCUUUGCCGCUACCCGGAGCCGAGGAGAUUUACGAUGCGGCAGUGGGAGCAGCGUAUAGUUGGGACCCCCUUGCCCAAGAGCUGAUCAGUUACGACAGUCCAUCAUCAGUACGGAACAAAGCUGCUUUCAUCAAAGCAAAAGGCUUAGGCGGAGCGAUGUUUUGGGAGGCCAGUGCGGACAGAACAGGCAACGCCAGCCUUAUUGAAACGAGUUAUGACUGUCUCGCCAAAGACAGUGGCAUUGACUCACAAGAAAAUCUGUUGGGUUAUGCUGACAGCCGAUACGCCAACAUUGCAAGCGGAAUGAUGACCACCCCCACAUACAGUACAUAG